AUGCUCGAAGCUGAUCAAGUUCCUUUAUCGACACCAACAGCCAGUCGUCGGUAUUACAAAACUGGUCAUCAUCAACGGCAUCAUUUGCAUAGUAAGCGUUCAAUAACAAUCGAUCCGGAGACUAAUGAAGAAAAACUUCGGAUAGUUGUCCUUGGCGCAACGAAAGUUGGUAAAACAUGUUUGUGUCAACAAUUUCUUCAAGAGAAAUUCCUCCCGGAUCACAAAGAAACUGUUGAUGAAAUGCAUCGCAUUGAGCUAGUACUUGUCGAUCGUCGAAUUACUCUGGAAAUCUUAGACACGGCUGGUAUUGAUGAAUUUCCCGUAAUGAGACGUCUUGCGAUCGCUCAUGGUGAUGCGUUUCUUAUUGUCUAUGCGAUCGAUGAUGCCUACUCAUUCGAUUUCGCACAACAGAUGCGACAACUUGUUUAUGAAAUCAAAGGCGAUACAGAACGUGCAAUACCCAUGGUUAUUGUUGGUAAUAAAUGUGAUGUCGAGCCGAAUGAUCGUGUUAUAACACGAGAUUAUGCUGAACGUAUUGUACGCGAUCAAUGGCAUUCAACAUUUGUCGAAACCACAUGUUGUCAACGCGAAACCGUUUUGAACACAUUUCGAAUGUUACUUCAUUUAGCCAAUAUUAACAUGACACUUAGUCCCGAUGUAAUUCGUCGUUCUUCAGACCCAAGUGUUUCCGAAAGUAAAGACCAACGUACCGGUAGUAAACGACAUAGUUGUGCACAGCAAUAA